UUAGAAUGGGAUGAAGGGAAAAUUAUCCUCUGACUAUAUUACUCUUUCCACUGCGCCAAUGCCUGUGUUAUUUACAAAAGUAUUUUUUUUACAUUAUGAUAAGCCAUAUAUAACUACAAAAAAGUUUUUGUGUUGUUCAUAUGGAUAUCUGUGUAUAAUUGCACUGAAUUAUCCGAUAGUGUAGCACUAGAAUGUAAGACAGAAUUUAUGUUAUUGGGAAAUUUUUAAUGCGUAGUCCAGUGAACUGUAUUACAGGGAAAGAUAAGGAUUUAGUUCUGCACAAAUCAGAGGCGAUGAAGUUUAAAGUCCUCGUCUGUUUCUGCCUUUUGACUGUAAUAAAACAUGUUUCUCUUACAGAUAUCUGGGCUCAACCUAACUCAUCAGUACUUCUGCCCUGUAAUGUUGAAGGAGAUGAGAUAGAGCUGAGCAAAAGCAUCUUUCUGCUGGGGGUUAGCUGGCUCCACAAUGGAUCAGUAAUAGCAUCUUCUGGAGCAGAUGGCAAUCGCACUGAAGAGGGGUUCAGCUUGAAGGCUGGAACCCUUGAAACUGGGGCUUUCUCACUGACUUUGCAUAGUGUCUCAGCCAGCAAGCAGGGGGAAUAUGUGUGUCGCCUCAGCUACAACAACACUCUGCUGUAUUCAGUCAGUGUAACACUAUGCAUUUUAGCCCUGCCCUCUCUCUCCAUUCCCUCUACGGUGGCUGUUAUCCACAGACCCAGCAGGAUAGAGUGCCGGGCAGAGCAUUUCACCCCCCCGCUGAUUGAUUUCACCUGGGUUCGAGCAGGUGUUGUGGUGAAACCCCCAGAGAGCAUAACAGCAGUCAACAGAACCAGCAGUGGGUUCUUCUGGGCAGUGAGCAGCCUGACACUAAUACCCACUGACCAGGACAAGGAUGUGAACUUCAGCUGUGUGGUGAAACACACUGCAUCAGAGGAACCCAUUGUCUUAAACUUCCAUCUCAAUUUAAUAUAUCUUCCUACUGUGACCCUCUCCGCCCUUCCCCUUACCUCACAAUUCUCCCCCGUCACUCUCUCCUGCGAUAUCGAAGGAUUUUACCCUGAGGCAAUCUCUGUCUCUUGGUUCCAAAAUGGCUCGCUGGUGCCUGACAUGCCAUUAGCCUGGCCUGGCCCUGGAGGUACCUUCUGCACUCGCCACUUCUAUACUCUGAGAGCUGAAGACAUGAGGAGAGGCACUGAGGUCCAGUGUGCUGUACGGCACCCUGCUGUCGCCAAAUCAGUCUCCGCCACCAUGACUCUCUCUGCCACAGGUCCAAAUGCAACGGAACCAGUAAUGACUAAGUCUGCCAAGGCAUCGGUUGCUGUUGUGAUCAUUUCUCUGGCUAUGAUUUUCUUGCUCUGCUUUGGAUUCUCAUGGAAGAAACGGGAUGAGAAAGAGAAAUCCCUGGUUGUAUCAGGCAUAAUCCUGCCCCCCCGAAUUAUAGUGGGAAGGAAGGGCAGAGUAACCAUCAGCGUGGAAGGCAGGAGGGUGGACAGGGUGCAGGUUACUUGGUUCCUAAAUGACAUACCUAUCUCAGACACUUCUCAAAGAGCACCUACAGAAAAUGAGAAAAAUCCAUUGCUGCCCCCAAAUGGAAAAUCUGGAUAUUACAAGCUACACACGCAGUACCCCAUUCCGUCAGGAAACAGCCGCACAAUGCAGCUCUUCUCAUCUGUCACAUUCAUCCCCGAUAUUGCUGUUCACAAAGGGACCGUCUUUAAGUGCCAAAUCUCCUAUAAGGGGAAAGACCAAAUGGUAGCAGAGAGAGUGUCAGACAAGUUAAUGCUGUUAGCUGCCCCAGAAGUGUCAGAGAUUAAAUUUUCAGAACCAGCUGACGACACAGGUGUGGUCACUCUUACAGUAGAAGCCUCUCGCUUUCAUCCCGCCCUCAUCACCUUCCGAUGGUUUUGUAAGGGGGCAGAGCUCAGCCCCAUAGCGCCACCACCGUCGCUCGCCACUCCCCGUCCAAGUAUCCAGGGAUUCUUCUCUGCUGUCAGCCAGUGCAAACUACCCUGGGAAGAGCUGGAGAAAGGCCAGACCAAGGUGUGGGUCACAGUGCACCACAUGGCCAUGAAGGUGCCAAUCAUACGACAGACUCCAGGUUUCAUAAAAAUGCCUAUUGUGUCUGAGAUCUCCUCCUCUUGCCCUGCAUACACAUCUUCUCCUGAGGAAUCUGUCACUCUCCAGUGUGAAAUCACAGGCUUUUUCCCACCCGAAAUCUCCAUCACCUGGUGGGAAGACGGCGAGCAAGAGAUAAUGGAGGGCAAAGAUUCCUGGGGGCCCUUACUUACCGAUGGCAGCACUUACCGUCUGACUGCCACUCUGAGGAUUGGACAGUGCGAAACAAAGGUGGAGAAGAGCGAGAGAGAUAUUGUUUGCAGAGUGAUGCACUGCUCCUUACAGGAGCCCAUUGAGAAACACUGGAGGCAGAGACACAUAGCCCUUCCCGUUAUUCCAUCGUCUCUCUCUGUUCAGUGGAAAACGGGGGGUGUUGGGGAGUUUUCUCUGCUGUUGUCGGGGGGGCACCCGUACGCCACCCUUUUGUGGGCAGCCGGAGGCGCCACUCUGUCUCCCCUCAUCUCAACAGAAAGCAAUGAGGACGGGAAUGAUGGAAGCAGGCAGCUAAAGAGUAUGUGUAUCCUAGAGAGGAGGACAGGGACAGGGAGGCGCCCUGCGGCAGGUGCUCACUGCAUGGGGUCUCCACAGACUACAAAGGAUGCCACUUCGAAUUACAGUCCAAUAGAUAUGAAGCUUAUGGAUGAUGUACAGCACGUAUGGAUUAAGAAGACCAGAAACAGACCUGGAACACCAGUAGUGAAGCGCGCGACGCAGAGAGAAGACAGGGCAGAUGAGCGACAGGAGGAAAGGAAGAGAGGGAGUGACCUUUCCCAAGUAAAUAUUGUCCAUAUGGGAAAGGGUGAGGAAAGACUCAGGGUAACUGUGGAGAUCACUCAUCCCGGACUUCUUCUGCCGGUGCACCUGACAUGGAUGGAACCAGAGGAGUAAUUACGUUUCUGAUCUCAGGAACCCUGCCAGUUGGGGAACAUCUUCCUUGCAGUCUGCUUGAAUGCCUAUGGAUUCUUGGUGUGAAUUCUUUUCUCAUAUAGAGUUACCGGAAAUUAUAUGUGUGUGUGGAUUAGGUUAAUAUUACAAUGUGGGGACCAAAUGUUCCCCACAAUGUAAUAAAAAACAUUUUUUUAAAUAUACACUGAACAAAAAUAUAAACGCAACACUUUUGUUUUUGCUCCCAUUUUUUAUGAGAUGGACUUAAAGAUCUACAAUUCAUUCCAGAUACACAAUAUUACCAUUUCUCUCAAACAUUUCUCACAAAUCAGUCUAAAUGUGUGAUAGUGAGCACUUCUGCUUUGCUGAGAUAAUCCAUCCCACCUCACAGGUGUGCCACAUCAAGAUGCUGAUCUGACAUCAUGGGUAGUGCACAGGUGUACCUUAUACUGCCCACAAUAAAAGGCCACCCUGGAAUGUGCAGUUUUGUCUCACAGCAAAAUGCCACAGAUGCCACAAGCAUUGAGGGAGCGUGCAAUUGGCAUGCGGACAGCAGGAAUGUCAACCAGAUCUGUUGCUCGUGCAUUGAAUGUUCAUUUCUCAACCAUAAGCCGUCUCCAAAGGCGUUUCAGAGAAUAUGGCAGUACAUCCAACCGGCCUCACAACCGCAGACCACGUGUAACCACACCAGCCCAGGACCUCCACAUCCAGCAGGUUCACCUCCAAGAUCGUCUGAGACCAGCCACUCAGACAGAUAAUGCACGGCCCCAUGUUGCAAGGAUCUGUACACAGUUCUUGGAAGCUGAAAAUGUCCCAGUUCUUGCAUGGCCAGCAUACUCACCGGACAUGUCACCCGUUGAGCAUGUUUGGGAUGUGCUUGACCGGCGUAUACGACAGCGUGUACCAGUUCCCACUAAUAUCCAACAACUUCGCACAGCCAUUGAAGAGGAGUGGACCAACAUUCCACAGGCCACAAUUGACAAUCUGAUAAACUCUAUGCGAAGAAGAUGUGUUGCAUUGCAUGAGGCAAAUGGUGGUCACACCAGAUACUGACCGGUUCUGAGUCCCCAGACCCCCAAUAAAGCAAAAAACUGCAC